AUGCGACCCUGUGACCUCUCCUACAUGCCGAAUUGCUAUGGCCUAAGCGACGCCGGUAAAGCUUUUGAUCUCCACACGGAGAGCGCGGAAUACGAUGGUGUCACAAAGGAGGCUAUCGCCAAGGGCCGGCCCUUUGUCCUCAGGACUGGGGGCUGGAUCGCAGUGGCAAGGAGGCUUGUUUCCGAAGGCGCAGUCCGCGCGUUGAUCUUGAAAACCGGGGUCCAGGCGGAUUAG